GGUUGAUCCAUUAAUGAGUGAAUGCAUCAGGCAGGGCAGGCAACGAGCACAUUCAUUGAUCCACAUACCAUACGCGCACAUGCCAGGGUCCGUCACUCAUUCAUUCGCUAAGCAUCCAUCCAUCCAUCCAUGAAUGAAUGAAUGAACGAAUCAACCCACCUCAUCUCAUCUCAUCUCAUAUCAUCCCCCCCUGUCCUUCCCAACCCAACAUCACAUACAUGGGCAUGGCAUGUAUGGUAUGGUAUGUAUGUAUGUAUGGUGUGUAUACAUAGACAGACAGACAGGAUAUGAUAUAUAUGUACAAACCAGGCAGGGUGGGGGUGGUGUGGGAUGCUCAUCUCCUUUCUCACUCCUUCACUCACCCCCCACCCGAGCAUAUCAUAUGCAGCUAGGUAGGUAACCUAUCCGUAUCUAUCUGUCCGCUGGCAGCACUGCACUGCACCCAUGUGUGUCUGUGGGUGGGUGUGUACUGAACUGGUCUAGCAGAGUAGGAAUGGCAGGUCCACCAGCUGUUCCCCCGUCCCGAAGUAGCAUCCCCCGAAGAAGCGCGUGCACGGCUUGUGAUACGCUACGUAACCUGACCAGGGAGGGAGGGAGAGAAAGAGGGACACACGGGCGGACAGAUGAAUGUGCGUCGGCUGGCUGGCCGGCUGACCUGGCCAGAGCAGGCUUCGGAUGGUGACCGUUUCGCACGAGGGGUCCGCACGCAACGUCCAGCUACCUGCGCACCGCACACACAAAUGCACAUCACAUGCACACAAUAGCGUCCACAUAGAUAGAUCUACACGUAUGGAUUGUUUCUGUGUGAGUGAGUCCGUCCAUGCAUUGUAGACCAUACAUACCGAUGGGCAGGUCGUCCUCGACGCCCUCGAGGAAGUCCGAGUGGAACUGCACGUCAUCGCGACUCAACGCUCGAAGUUUCGCAACUGAACACACCCACACACCCACACACACACUCGUGCAGAUGAGAUGGCUAAGUGGUAGUGAGAGUAUGUGUGUUGUGUGGGUGCAUUCAUUCGUACAUACCGUCGUGCGGGGGUCUGAAGUGCACCCAUGACUCCAACUCCAUCGCAUCCUUGAACGACAAACCUGAUUGAUUCGAUUGGUGCGGUGCACAGCACAGAAGGACACAGACAGAGGUGGAUGGAUGGACGGACGGACGGACGGACGGAUAGAUGGAUACACACGCGGACACACACAACACAACACACCACACCUCUCGCACCCACAGACUGAUUCAUCCCCCUCUCUCUUCCACCCAUCUACGUAUCAGGACGUCACGCUUCCGGGUACGGUACCUUUGAAUGCGAAGUUGCCGAUGAUUUUGUGUGAGUCCAGGACGGCAUGGCUGCCCUUGGGGACGACAGCCGUGGCGUUGUCGAUCUGUCGCACGACGUGGCUGAGGCGGUGCACCUCCCGCACCUUCAUGGGGGGCGGCGGGGCGCCCUCCUCGCCCUCCCCGCCCCCCUCCGCUGCUACCUCUUCCUCCUCAUCUGCAUGGUGCACACACAUACACACACAUACACACACAACACACCGGGAGGGACAGAUAGGCCGUGUGUGUGCGUAUCAUGUGUGUAUGCAUACCUCCAGGUUUUUUGCCCAGCAGUCGGUCCGGCGUGCCGAAGAAGGGCCCCCGCGCCUCAGCACUAUCGAUGAGCUUGGACACCUCACCAUCCACACCAGGCAACUCGGCAAAGUCGAAACUCGGACCACUGCGUACACACAAGGACAGACAGACAGACAAACACGACACCCACACACAUGCCGUCCCGAGCACCCACGACGGCAUCAGCCAUCACUGCGUUGGUUCUAUCUAUGUAUCUGACCUCCAGUAGAAUUUCUUGGUGGGAAAGGCGGCGAGUCCCUCCUGCAGGGCGGCAGCGAUGUAGUAGUCGUUGCCAGCGGUGAGGAUCUUGCCCCAGAAGUACAGCUGGCGAAGGUUUUGCUGCUGCUGCAGCUUGACCAGGGCCACCUUCAGACAGGCCUUCUCGUGCACAUUGAGGACGAUGCCCACUCCAUGGCUCGCCAGCUGGUCAAGGCCGUACUCAAACUCUGCUAACUCCAUCGUUACCAACACCGGGAAUACUGCGACUCUGCGAAAUGCUACUCUCUCUGAAUGCUGUCCAGUCAGAGGAGGGAGG